AUAAAUUAGUAAAAGACUAGCCCAAGUUCACAGGUAAGUGUUAAAAAAAUGGCGGGAAUCAUUAGAACCCUGAUUACAUAACCACCACUAAUAAUUUACAAGAUCAGAACGAAAAAGAAAAAUGGGGAAGGAGACGGCGGCUGCGGCAGUGACGGAGGCAGAGGAAUUACCAAAAACAAUCGUAAGACGCGUCGUUAAAGACAAACUUUCCGAGGUUUCCACUGAUGGCGGCGAUGUCACUCUUCACAAGGAAGCUCUUCUCGCUUUUUCCGAAUCCGCUCGUAUCUUCAUCCAUUAUCUCUCCGCUACGGCUCAUGAUAUUUGUCAUGAAUCAAAAAGGCAAAUUAUCAGUGCUGAUGAUGUGCUAAAUGCUCUUGAGGAAAUUGAGUUUUCAGAGUUUGUUGUACCACUCAGACAGUCCCUUGAUGAAUUUAGGAAAAAGGCAGCCGGUAAGAGGGCAGGAUCAGCAAAAGCAAAAGAAGCAAACAAGAAGAGGAAAACAGAUGAUGAGACAGCUACAGAAAAUAGUAAAGACGACGACAAAGUAGAGGACGAAAACAAAGUAGAGGAUGAAGUAAAUGAAGAGGAAGAGAAUGACGAUGAGGAUGAAGAAGACGAUGAGGCCGAGGAAGAAGAGGAAGAGGAAAAAGAUGAGGAACAAGCUAGGGAAGACAAGGAUGAUUCUCUUGAUAAUUGAGUUUAUAAUCUAAUAGGAGUUAAACUUAUGAGUAGCAUUCUAUGGCCAAUCUUCUAGUUAGUCAGGGUGAAAAUAGGUAGAACCGACUUGCUUUGUAUUAAUGGUUCAUGUCAACCUUAAUGGGAGCAUAAGAAAUUUUACCUUUUAGCCAUUUUUGUUUUUGAAGCACAAAAUGACCUUGAACUUCAAUAAUAAUUUUUGACAUUUUGUUUAUUAAUUUAAAA